CUACUAGUUUAUUAACACACAUUCGAGAAGCCGCCGACGUUUCAAUUCUCUCUUUGCAACUUGACAGCGAGUUAUUCUCAGUCCUCAUACCAAGGCGGUGUGUUUCUUCCAUAAGGCACUUCAAUCUUGAAUGUUUACUGAUUAGCACAAGGGGAUGAAGAAGAAAAGUUUAUUAGGCAAUCCUGUAGAAAAUAUGAAUAAGAAUAAGAACCCAUUGAUCUUCUUGGAUGUAUCCAUUGAUGGGGAUCCUGUGGAAAGACUUGUCAUUGAGCUGUUUGCUGAUGUUGUCCCCAGAACAGCUGAGAAUUUUAGGGCACUCUGCACAGGUGAGAAGGGCGUUGGAGACACAACAGGGAAACCUCUACACUACAAGGGGUCCAUUUUUCAUCGCAUAAUUAAAGGAUUUAUGGCACAAGGUGGUGACUUUUCAAAAGGAAAUGGCACUGGUGGAGAAAGCAUCUAUGGAGGAAAAUUUGCUGAUGAGAACUUUAAGCUGGAUCAUAGUGGGCCUGGUUUUCUCUCUAUGGCAAAUGGUGGUCCAAACACAAAUGGUUCCCAGUUCUUCAUAACUUUUAAGCGCCAACCACACCUUGAUGGAAAACAUGUUGUUUUUGGAAAGGUUGUGAAGGGAAUGGACAUUGUUAAGAAAUUUGAACAGGUGGGAACAGCUGAUGGUAAACCAUCAGGGUUGGUGAAAAUUGUGGACUGUGGUGAGACCCCUGAGAGUAAAAUACAUGAUUCGGUUGGAGCAAGGAAAGGAAAAAAGAAAAAACCAACAAGAGCUCUUUCAUCCGAUACUAGUUCUGACAGUGAAGCAAAAGGGAAACGCCAAGCAUCUCAUAAGGAUAGGAGGAGAAAGAGAAGAAAGAGAUACUCUUCAUCUGAUUCAUACAGCUCUGAUACAGAUUCUGAUUCUGCUUCAUCUGAGUCAGAUUCUGAUUCAUAUUCUGAAUCAGACUCUCAUUCUUCAAGUUCUUCCAGUGAUGGAAGAGGGAGGAAGAAAAGGAAGUUGACCAAGAGAGGUAGACAUCAACAUGGGAAGAAAAAGGUUGGAAGAAAGGAGAGGAGGAAAGUCAAACUUGAUAAAAAAUCAAGGCGGAAGUCUAAAAGAAACUCGAAAAGUUCCAGUGAUACUGGGAGCAGGAGUUGGACCACCACUACCAGCAGCUCUGACAAUGAAAAUGCCACUAGGGGCAAAUUUGCACGUAAAAGUAACAUUUUGGACCAAGAAAUGAGGAAGCCAGCACAAAGUCUAGGAUCAGAGAAAAAAUCACCCACCCCUCUGUUAGGACAAGCCUUCGCAGAGAAGAAAAAUGAUGAUGAACUGAAGCUGACAGUUGGCAGCUCAUCUCAUGAAGAGGGUGAAUUUUCUCCAAAGAAUGAUGAUACACUGAAUAAUGGUCAUGAAAAAGAGUUCAAGGCUAAUGAAGCUGCCAAGCAUGUUGAUCAAUCUGACCAUUUUAACAGAUCCAGUAACAGGAGGCUGAAACCUAGAGGAAGGCCAACUUCCAGUCAUCAGAGCACCCCGAGCAGAAGCCCAGAGAGAACAGUUCCCAGACUUGAAAAUAACAGUAAAAAUCCUAGAUCGUCUGGUAAGCGAAGCAGUAAAAGUCCUUCAAGGAGUCCUGUGCAUAAAGCUCCACCACCAUCCACUUCUAGUCGUGGUCAGGAUUUGUCUAGAAGCUGUUCUCCAAAUGGAACUCCAAAGCGUGUUAGGAAAGGGCGAGGCUUUACUGAACGAUAUGCCUUUGUUAGACGCUAUCGCACACCAUCUCCAGAACGUUCAAUGGAUAGAUCUUAUCCAUAUGGAGGAAGAAACAUUCGAAGGAAUGACAGGUAUUCGAGCUACAGAAGUAAGUUUGAACGUUCGCCACAAAGACGAUACAGAAGCUCACCAAGAAGAGACAGGAGCCCACCCAGAUAUGAACGCAAAAGAAGUGCUAGUAGGAGUUGUUCCCGAAGCCCAGGUCCUUACCGUGCCCGGAGAACACGUCGUAGCAGGAGCCCUGUGCGAAGUCCCAGCCCGACAGAUAGGCGCCCUGCAAUUAGUGAUAGACUAAAAUCGCGUCUUGGGCCAAAAGUGAAUGACCAAAUCCCUCAAAAUAGAGGUAGAUCUCUUUCACGGUCUAGGAGCUGUGAUUCGUCCAUAUCUGGAAGUCCUGAUAAGCGUCUACGAAAAAAGGCAUCUGCUUCGCCGGGCAGUUCCAGAUCCAGAUCCAGCUCCCCUGGUGGUCGAAGGGGUUUAGUCUCCUAUGAAGAAUUGAGUCCUGAGAAUGGAACGAAUUAGUGAAGUCAUCUUGAAAAAAACCUUGGUUUCUUUUUGAAUUUCUCGUAUUCUAUUUUUUGUGUUUAUUAGCGAACUAAAUGUUCUUCUCGUAUACUUUAAUUGCUUUUAAUGGCUUCCCGAUGGAAGUGUAGCCAUUUGAAACUACUGAUUUUUGUGUGCUUUGACAGUCUGCCUGUUACUGGAUUGAAUUCCUAUUCCUUC